AACAAGUCAAUCACUCCCAUCAUCAUGGAUUCUCUCCAAUCUCAUCCUGCUACCGCCGCCCAGGCUAAAACGUUCAUCGCACCAGGCAGCCUGUCUUACCCUGCGGGCGCUGAACUCACUCCUCCUUCGUCUGACAGGACCACCCAGCUUGACAGCAAGGGCGUUGCUACUCCGGCCGCCACUCCUGACACCGCUAGCAACACGUCGGGCAUUGUGCCCACUCUGCAGAACAUUGUCGCUACCGUCAACUUGAGCGCUCGCCUCGACUUGAAGACCAUUGCUCUUCAUGCUCGCAACGCCGAGUACAACCCCAAGCGUUUUGCCGCCGUCAUCAUGCGUAUCAGAGAGCCCAAGACCACAGCGCUCGUUUUCGCCUCCGGCAAGAUGGUUGUCACCGGUGCGAAGAGUGAGGAUGAUAGCAAGCUGGCUUCUCGCAAGUAUGCUCGCAUCAUCCAGAAGCUCGGGUUCAAUGCCAAGUUUGCUGAGUUCAAGAUUCAAGUAAGCAUGCUCCGACUCACCGACAUUCGCUUCCCCAUUCGUCUCGAAGGCUUGGCGUCUUCCCAUCAUACUUUCAGCUCGUACGAGCCAGAAUUGUUUCCCGGUUUGAUCUACCGCAUGAUGAAGCCCAAGAUCGUCCUCCUCAUCUUUGUCAGCGGCAAAAUCGUCUUGACUGGUGCCAAGGUUCGUGAGGAGAUCUACCAGGCUUUCGAGCUCAUCUACCCUGUGCUUUCCGAUUUCCGCAAGACCUAA